GGGACGUGCUGGGCAUGGUGGAGGCGCCGCUGCUCGUGCCGGACGGUUUCAAGGUUGUCGCGGCCUCGCCGACGGAGGAGCAGCUCGACCCGACCAACCCGGCCAGCGACGCGCUCAUCGAGCAGCGCAUCAUGGUCCGCUUCGAGCACUACGGCUGGUGCGUGGGCACGGUUACGGCCAAGGUGAACGACGGCCGGCGCACGAUCGAGCGUGACCGCGUCAACUUCGUCGCCAAGUUCGACGUUGACAACGGCGCGGCGACGGACCUCUCGGUCUCGCUCGAGUCGUCGAUGUACGACGGCUCGCCGUCGGCAGAGUACGAGUCGUGGCUGCUGUUCGAGCCUGUUCUGGCGCCGACGGAGGCGGCGGCCCUGGCAGCGGCGGCCGGCGGCGCAAUCGUCGCCGUGUGAAGAGGUCGGACCGGCUGGGGCCGGGCGGUGGGCGGUGGGCUGCCUUGGCGCUUGGGGGGAUGGGCUGUGGCACGGUCCGAGUCGUAGGGCCGGUGCCGCCUGGAUGCCGUUCUGAUCAUUCCUGCGACCUUUGUAGGGAUCCCUAGUCUUCCGUCCGAGGUCGGGCUGAGGGAGGACUGACUGAUGAGCCGCGUCACUGUCCCUGUGCCUGUGGGGGGGGAGCGGAAAGGAGGAACCUCUUCCCAAGAGCACCACUCUUGGAGC